GACUACGAUAUUCUAGCAUUACAAGAGCCCUAUUUAACAUUCCUCAACCUCACCUCCAGCACUUCCCACUGGCACGUCAUCUACCCGUCUACACACCGCAAGGAGGGGGCAGGAAGGUCCCGAGCUGUCACCCUCGUCAACAAGAAGCUCUCAAUCGACUCAUGGAGCACCAUCGCCACCAAACACCCCGACAUCACCACGGUAUCCAUCCGCUCCGCAGAUGCAACCGUCCACGUAUUCAAUGUCUAC